GUCCGUCACCAACACGCAAAAACCCUAACCCAAUCUCUCCGUUUUCCACGUCUCUCGCUUCCCGAUGGGUCUCUUCUCGUGGUGGAGGGGAGGGCGACGCGGCGGCGGCGGCCCGCCGGACCAGCAGGGCCAGCAAGCCUCGGCGGUUCCGGGGGUCGUGGGGACCGAGGUGGCAGCUUCUGGUACCAACGGGGCGGUGGAGGUGCGGCGGCAGCGGCAGCGGCAGGCUGCGGACGCGACGGUGUUCGAAUUCGGGUCCGCGGCGGAGUCUGGCGCCGCUCUGACGCUCGCGGGCUACUGCCCCGUCUCCGACGAGCUCGAGCCGUGCCGUUGGGAGCUGGUUCCGGCCGCCGGCGAGGGCGCACCGCAGUUCCGCAUCGUGUUCUGAGCUCUGAGCGCCGAUGACACCUCGGAUGGUAUGGUAUAAAGAUGUGAUGUACUGAUGUUUGGGUUUGGGGUGUACUAGUAACCAAGCAUUCAGUGGAAAUAUAAAACUUGAGAUAUGAUUGAUGAGUUUUCUGAUUAGAUAUGGAUGGUCUUCUAUGCUCA